UUUGAAAAUCUUACAAUCAAUACGCAGGCAUAAAGUUGCACUCAUCAACCCAUCCUAAAUCGUUAUUUUGGUCUUGAUUGUUGCUUUGGCGCGUCUUGUCACAUAGACGCAGUCGGGCUUGAUAUAUCAACCUGCGGUGUCUGGAUACGUGUUAUAGCUUGCAAAGCCUCCCACCAUGGCCUCUGCCUAUGAGAUCCGUCGGGUGCUGAAGAUCUAUGACGACGCUGCUAUUGCACCGGUCAACCGGGCGGUCACGAUGCUCAAGGAGGUCACCAAGCUGAUCAGCGAGUCCCCAGACAAGUACGACCUGACAUCCAGCGACGCCGAGACGUGGGCUGAGGCGGGCGGCCUAUCGUACGCUGAGAACGCGGAGUUCCCCUGCUCCCUCGGGGAGCGCUGGAUGGAGACCCUCAGCAAGCCAGGCGUGGCCAAGGCUGCCGGGCUAGACAAGGUGGAGUGGGCCACGCUACUCAAAGACAUCACCGGCUAUGAGGAGAAGCUGGUGGCUGCUGAGCUGAGCCUGGAGGUGCUGGAGGAGCUGACCGAGCUCAUCAACCAGAUCAUUGAGGAGGCGCCCGAGCCGGUGGACUCCGAUGAGGACGAUGACGACGACGACGAUGACGAGGAUGAUGACGAGGAGGAUAAGUAAAAUGCCCGUUGCAAUUACUUGACAGCAGCGUUGAAGAAUCGAGGGACGUGGCGUGUAUGAUGGUCGCACGAGAGAGUGUGGCUGCUAGCGCUUGCGGGUCUCGACACAAUCAGGCCCGGGGUUUGGAGCCUUGACGGCUUGACUGCUUGCGGCAGCCUGAAUGAUGGCGUGGAUGAGGGAUUGCGAAAGUCAGUUCGAAUGGAAUGGGUGGGCACAUGCGUUUGGAGCUAAUGAGCUAUCGCAGCGGUGAGCACAGAGCAGGAUUGGGAGGGCGGUAGCGGCGCGCCGGCGCGUUUCUCUUGAAACAAUGAGUACGUUUAGGGGCUUUGAGCCUGUGACUUUGUUGGCUGGCCAAGUGGCCGUGCUCCGUGUUCGGCCGACAGUCUCAGGGGUAACAGGGAACCUACUCGGAUAUUGCACACGCGCACUCGCGUGUCCUUGCAACAAGCACCUGUUCUGGAAUCCGGGUACGCCGGAUAUCGUCAAGGUCGCUUACGUGCUAGAGCUGCACAGCGCUCAAGCACGUGCCGAGCCUUGGGGAAGCUGUUCUACC